UUUUCCUAAAUCUCCUCUUAUAAACAGUGCAUUCCGAAGUAUUAUUUACACUUGACUAAGUGGUUCAGAAUCUUUAUUGCAAUGGUGAAACUUGUUAUAUUUGUUACCCUUUGUGCCGUAGGAAUUGCGGUAGCAUCUGUAAUCAAAGAUAAAAGAGAAGCAUCCAUAGAACUGGCUAUGCUGGAGGGUGAAAGGAAAGAGCCCAAGUGUCUUGCUGCUGAAAGUGAGUGUGAUCCUAAAAAGAACGAAUGUUGCGAGAAUCAUAAGUGUUCGUGUGAUUCCGAUCCGAAGAAAAAGAAAAAGAAAAAGAAAGGAGGAGUAAUUGAGGACAUUCUAGAAGACGCUGUUCCUGUGUCAUUCAACUGCUUUUGCAGCUUUGUUUACAACGGGUAGAUCUACAAUAUAAGAAACUGAUAUGCAUUUAAAUAGCAAAACUAGAGUUUUACUGUUAGAAAUUUGUUUGAAAAAUAACUGAAUAGAAAAUAUCGUUCAUGAAAAGAUUUUAGUCCUGAAUAUUUUUUAAUAAAGUAUUGCAACUCAUCGACUUCUAACCUUUGCUUCAACGAUUCAACGAACGUACUUCAACGAUUUUUAAAGCGUAGAUGAUGUACAAAGAUUCAAAUAUAUAUAAAGGAGCUUUCUUAGGAAACCAUUGCAAAUAGAAAUGGAGCUGUAAUUUAAUUUACAUGGGAAAAUUAUUCAAUGUUUCGAGCCGAAGAUAUGGGAACUGAAAUUACGCAAAAUCUUGUGUCAUAAAUUCAUUCGUACUAAAUUGUAGUAAACAAAAACUGAUGUUACAUGCAGAAAAUUUAAGUUAAAUAAAAGAAGUACAUAUAAA